ACAAAUCAAUCGAAGAGUUUCUUAUCAGCAAAAGGAGGUAAAGGAGGAAGUGGUUACAUUAUUCUUAGGUCUUUAAACAAAUUUUACUGUUAAGUGUCUCUGAUUCAUAAAUUGAAACCGCAAACACUGCCUGAAUUCAAUGAUAUCUGAAAAGGGAAAUACAACGAAAUGUCCUACACAGAGCUAGAGACUGGCUAUCAAGAUAUCAAGAAAGAGUCUUGGAAUGUUUACUAUUUUACUGAUCAGGAUUUGAAGGUUUUAAAACCAAGAGGUAACAUAGUGGACUCCGGAGAAGAAGACUUUUCUGAAGAUGAAGGAAAGCAAGUGGUGGUUGGAAUUUGUGCGAUGGCAAAAAAAUCACAGUCAAAGCCAAUGAAAGAGAUUUUGACUCGCCUAGAAGAAUUUGAAUUCAUAAAAAUAGUCGUAUUUAAAGAGGAAGUCAUCUUAAAGAGUCCUAUUGAAGAAUGGCCCAUUUGCGAUUGCUUGAUCUCAUUUCACUCAAAAGGUUUCCCUCUAGAAAGAGCAAUUCAGUAUUCAAAGUUGAGAAAUCCUUUUAUAAUCAACAAUCUACCAAUGCAAUUUGAUAUACAAGAUAGAAGAAAAGUGUAUUCGUUGCUUGAGAAUGAAGGUAUAGAGAUCCCUCGAUACGCAGUGCUGGACAGGGACUCACCAGAUCCCAAACAUCAUGAAUUAGUGGAAUCUGAAGAUCACGUUGAGGUGAACGGAGUAGUAUUCAACAAGCCGUUUGUAGAAAAGCCAGUUUCAGCAGAGGACCACAAUAUUUACAUAUACUAUCCUACCUCAGCUGGUGGUGGUAGUCAAAGACUUUUCCGCAAGAUUGGAAGCAGAAGUAGCGUAUACUCUCCAGAAUCUAGAGUGAGGAAAACUGGAUCUUUUAUUUAUGAGGAUUUUAUGCCAACUGACGGGACUGAUGUAAAGGUCUAUACAGUUGGACCGGAUUACGCUCAUGCUGAAGCAAGGAAAUCACCAGCCCUAGAUGGCAAAGUUGAGAGGGAUAGUGAAGGGAAGGAGAUAAGGUAUCCUGUCAUUUUGAGCAAUGUUGAAAAGCUGAUCUCAAGAAAAGUUUGUCUGGCUUUUAAGCAAGCUGUUUGUGGUUUCGAUCUUUUAAGAGCCAAUGGAAAGUCAUUUGUCUGUGAUGUCAAUGGUUUUAGUUUUGUAAAAAAUUCUAACAAGUACUAUGAUGAUUGUGCCAAAAUCCUAGGAAAUAUGAUUUUAAGAGAGCUAGCUCCUACCUUGCACAUUCCGUGGUCUGUUCCUUUCCAACUUGAUGACCCCCCAAUUGUGCCCACAACUUUUGGUAAAAUGAUGGAAUUACGAUGUGUUGUUGCUGUUAUCCGACAUGGUGAUCGCACACCAAAACAGAAGAUGAAAGUUGAAGUUCGCCAUCCCAAAUUCUUUGAAAUAUUCGAGAGAUAUGGUGGUCGCCGCGAUGGUCAUGUGAAGUUAAAACGACCAAAACAGCUUCAAGAGAUUCUUGAUAUUACAAGAGCGCUGCUAUGUGAAAUUGAACUAAGAUCUGCAGAUCCUGAAAUUGAAGAAAAACAAGGCAAAUUAGAACAACUUAAAAGUGUUUUGGAGAUGUACGGCCAUUUUUCUGGCAUCAAUAGGAAAGUUCAAUUGAAAUAUCAACCCAAAGGUCGUCCAAGGGGAUCAAGCAGUGAGGGGGAUGAAGAUCCAGGCGUUGUGAAAGAACCUUCUCUAGUGUUGAUAUUAAAGUGGGGCGGUGAGCUGACUCCUGCAGGUCGAGUUCAGGCAGAAGAACUGGGCAGAAUUUUCCGUUGCAUGUAUCCAGGUGGUCAAGGGCGCCACGUCAGUGGCGGUUCAUCUGAUGGGCCAGGCACACAAGGACUUGGUUUACUGCGGCUUCACUCAACUUAUCGCCAUGAUUUAAAAAUCUACGCAAGUGAUGAAGGCCGUGUUCAAAUGACUGCUGCUGCAUUUGCGAAAGGGCUUCUUGCUUUAGAAGGGGAGCUAACACCAAUACUGGUUCAAAUGGUCAAGAGUGCCAACACCAACGGUUUACUUGACAAUGACAGCGAUGCAAGCAAACACCAAAAUAUAGUGAAAGCAAGAUUGCAUGAUUUGAUGCAGAAAGAUCGCAAUUUUACAGAAGAAGAUAAGGCCCGGAUAAAUCCAUGUAAUUCUCUGAGCAUUGCAACUGCCAUGGAAUUUGUCAAAAAUCCUGUCAAGUGCUGUGAAAGAGUUCAAGAAUUGAUCCAGAAGCUCAUGAAUAUUGUUCGCACUAAGAAAGAUGAUCCCAAAACCAAAGAUGCAAUCUUAUAUCAUGGAGAAACAUGGGAGUUGAUGGGGAGGAGAUGGGGCAAGAUAGAGAAAGACUUCUGCACAAAAAACAACAAAUUCGACAUUUCUAAAAUACCUGACAUAUAUGACUGUAUAAAAUAUGAUUUGCAACAUAAUCAACAUACAUUACAAUUUGAUCAAGCUGAAGAGCUGUACAUCAAUGCAAAAUACUUAGCAGAUAUUGUAAUACCCCAGGAGUAUGGUCUAACUGUUCAAGAGAAACUAACCAUUAGUCAAGGAAUUUGUACUCCGCUCCUCAAGAAAAUAAAGGCUGAUCUCCAAAGAAAUAUUGAAGAGGCGGGUGAUGAAACUGUCAAUAGACUGAACCCUAGGUACUCUCAUGGUGUUUCAAGUCCAGGAAGACACGUGCGCACCAGGUUAUAUUUCACAAGUGAAAGUCAUGUACAUUCCUUAUUAACAGUCUUACGUUAUGGAGGUCUCCUUGAUAGUAUGAAAGACGAGCAGUGGCGAAGAGCUAUGCAGUAUGUCAGUAUGGUCUCGGAAUUGAAUUACAUGUCACAGAUUGUCGUCAUGCUCUAUGAAGAUCCGACAAAAGAUCCAUCCUCAGAGGAAAGAUUUCACGUGGAGCUGCAUUUCAGUCCUGGUGUGAAUUGCUGCGUUCAAAAGAAUUUGCCACCCGGACCAGGUUUCAGGCCUCACAGUCGGAAUGACCAACUGAAAAAUAAUUUACCUCCCAUCGAUCAGGAUGAAAUGGAGUUAAACAGCAUGAGCACAGAUGAAAGAGGCUCACCCACUCCUUCGGACACCGAUAUUGAAGGGGAGGCAUUUAAUUCAAGCGAUAACGAAAAGAAGGGAGAUAAUGAGGGCUCUGGUUUCCGCUCAAAAAUCAAAGCAUCUGACCCUAUACCUAUCUCCUCUCAAACGAACGUUUCAUUAACUGACAGGGCAUCUAACAGUCGAACAAAUGAAGAAGCAACUGGAUUUACCAUGCGGCUAAACGACAAACAAAUUCCAGAGGUGCCCCUCACUGGACAGUCUGAAGAAUCGCAUAAAAAGGUUUUCGAAGUGGAGGAACCAGAACAGCGGUCACGCAGCUACGAUCACUCACGCAAUUCUGAGAGUCAUAAUUCUGUCACUGUAGAAAGUGAAUAUUUUACGCCUGAAACUUGCUCUUUUUUAUCCGAGUAUGAAAUGAGAUGUGCUGUAGCUAAAUAUGACCCGCCUGCAGCUUGCAUGCCUUUAAAUGAUCUAGUCGCCAAGUAUGAAAAGGAUCACCGCAUAGAUGCUCGUCCCCACUCAUCUAAUGAAAUUAACCUGAAAGUCAAGAAUUCGCCCAUUGUCUUAACAACGACCAAUUAUACUCCUUCACGACAUAGAUUGUCUUCAUUAGAUGACAGUAGUAUGCAGUUUGUCCUCGUCAAGAAAGCCAUGCCACAAGUUGUUAAUGCAGGGAGCGAUAAAGUGGAUCUUGUUAGCAGCACCUCAGCUAUCAAAACAGAUUUACAGUCCUUAGAUCUGGCUCAUGUGGAAGUAAUAUCUCAUCAGAUGCGCAAAAUCCAAUUUCCCACCUCUGCCUCAAUAAAAUCGUCAUCAGCCAAAAGUAAAUCACCCAAAACAACGCGGAUCCCCUUGAAACAUUUGAAAUCAAGAUCUCUAGAGAAUAGUCGUAGUCCCUCUAAUUUCAUCCAAUUACAACUUCCAGAUGAAGCUGGCUCUAGACGUCACAGGCACAGCAUAUCAGGGCAAACGAACCAUUUCAGAGUCCUUGGAGCAAGUUGUGGAACUGUCCUUUCUCAUCCGGGUAAUCGAGGUCCAAUCUCUGGUUCUGGAAGCAGCCUGUUCAGUACUGCUGUCAUCAGCGGCUCUUCGAGCGCACCUAAUCUACGCGAUAUGAUAACGAAUGCUGCAUCAAUCGCUGCUAUUGAUGGCUGUGGAGGAGUACCGGCCAUUCGUCCCCUGGAAACUUUGCACAAUGCUUUAUCCUUAAAGAAACUGGACACAUUCCUGGAUUACAUGACUCGUGUCAUGAUAUUCCGCACACCUGGUUCAUCUCCUCCAAAACACCCUUCAACACCUCUCCCCAGCAUCGACAAUCUUGCAAAUUUGAAGCUCCAGUCCCCAGAAAGCAUAGAUUUGCUUGAAUCAUGCAUGCAGCAAUUAUCAAAUUACUCUAACGAGUUUUCCUCCGAAGGUUUUGGAUGGAGUGGACCCCCAUCGCUCGUCUCAAGCAGUGAAGCUUCUUCGCCUGUCAAUAUUCCAGAUUUUUAUCUCAAAGAUGGCUUCUCUAAGACAAGUGAUGGAACAUCCGAGAGUGAACGGCUUCCUCACACAUAUUUUGAUGUUGAUGCAUUCAGUUCGACUGACUUGAUGAGCGAUAAUUAUUAUGGACAUCGAGAUAGUAUUGAAAUCGCUGACCUUUAUGUGCCAAACAAAAAAUCCGAUUUUGAUAAUGAAACGAUUGAAACGAUGCGCAGUACUGCUAUUCAUCAUGCCCAGCUCAACACUAUUUUAUAUUCUCAAUCGCCCUCGAUUCCUCAUUUAGAUCAUGAUAAGUAUGAAGGGAGUGGAGAGUUGACCCCUGUGUCCAGUUCUGAGCUGAAGUUCAAUUGGUCUGACUCGGAAGUGAACAAUGAAUCCGAUAAUGACAUGAUGCAUUUAGAGGCGAAUGAAGAAGAAAAGACCCUCACUUCAACCAUGAAGGAAACUGACCAAUUAAAAGCAGCUCUGAAAGCGCACAUCGAAGCUCAAAAUAAGCUUUCGUCUCAGGUCUGUGCAGACGGUACCUCAGCUGGCACCAUUAAUGAAGUUGUCAGUGCAAGCGGUGAGCCCCUAGAAAGAACUGAGCCAGACAUUGCUGUAGGUAGCUCAAAAAAAGGUGAAAAAGUAAGCAGGUUCCGCGUUGAUUUUCCGCAGUAUGAUACAACAUCCCAAGCAAGUGCCUUGCCUGAUUCUAAUGCAAGCAGUGAUAAAGAGUCUUGAAAAGUCCAUUUGUCAUUUAUCUUUCAGUCGCACAAAACGUUCCUUUUAACAAUAUUUCAAUUCCAAUUCACAGCAAGAAACAGAGAGAGGCGAACAGCACAACUUUUUACCUCUUCUCUUGCCUUUAGAAACGAACUUUCAUUUUUGGAAAAAGUAAAAUUUCAAUGAUUCUUAAUUUUUGAAGUAUUAUUCAAAAGUAUUUGUAUCUCAGUCUGUUUAGUGGAAGGGCUUCCUCAAUUGUCUGUGCGUGUGAUUGUAUGUGUGUAUUUAUCAAAUGAACUUAAAGAAUUGUAAGGUCUUCGUGAAAAUUUUACAGGUAGGCCUUUAAAUUUGGAGCAGCAUUUUAAUGGAAAAUUAAGGGUAGUAAUUUUUAGUUCCUCUUCUUCAGGAUUUUAGUUUAAUGCAUUCCUUGCCAAAAACUGACGAUGUUGCUUUGGUUUUAUUUAUAAAUUGCUGGGCUCAGUAUUGAAAAAAUGCACUUUUUAUGGAAGAAAAGAAUAAAUUUUGGUGCACUUAAGUUGCACUGUUUACCCUUUCAGCCUUAAAACCUUUUAAGCAAUCAAAUCAUGCUGUGUGUACGUUUCAAAGGCUUUAUUUCAUUUAAGAUAUUUAUACCUGUUACGUAUGUCACACACCUAUUAUAAAAAUCUAUUUCUCCCCUCAAAUGCAGGAAUAUUAUUUUGAAGAAAGGUGUUGCAAACUUUGAGCAGUGAGCUAUUAGGAGAACAUAAUGUGGGAAAUGAUGAAGAUAUUGUAACAACAUGGAAAUUUAUGCUUUCCUUAAUCUCAUUUGUAAUUAACUCACUAUAAGAGACUAAUUUUUUUAAUUCUAACAAUUAAAUAAUUUAAUUACCAAAGAAUUAGCCUUUAAAAGGUUGUACAGUUACUUUUUUUGGCACAAGAUGUUAGAAUAUGCUCAUAUGUAAAUCAAUGGAUAAAGCCAUAAUGGAUAAAACUUUCAAUAAUUUUUAUUUUCAAUCAAAAGUCUAGAGACUAGUCUUAGGAAGUUUCUUAGUCAACAUGUUUUCGAGCUUUCUUAUCAGUUAAAAUGUAAUAGGUACGCCUUUUAACUUAGCAGAAGGUAAAAUUUCAACUCCUCUUAUUUAUUGUACCGCUCAUAAAAAUCUAUGUAUAGAAAUGGAUGUAUCUGAAAUCAAGUUAAAAUAACUUGAAUUAUUUAGAUUACUUGAGUUAUUGAUUUUUUGAAAGGUUUCUCAACUUAUUCUCUGCCCUCUCCUCUUGGCUAUCUUUUUAUUUCUAUUUUGAAGAAUAUGUAUCAGGAGAUUUCCUAAUAAUUUUUCACUAGUAAAGUGAUCUUUAGAUGAAAAAACUUCAGUAACACUCCGCAAUAAUUUUUCAUUCAUUCCAGCUAAUCACAACCACCACCAUGUCCUGAUUAGUUCUCACCUUGAGUACUAAUUUUUGGUGUGGGCAUCGAGCCCUCUGCGGCUUUUCCAAUCCCAAACAACUCUCGUUUUUUUACUGAUAUUUAUUUAGUGACCCAAUCUUCUGGCCGAGGUGGAAGGCACCCCCAUUCUUCCUCUUUACUGCAUAUUUUUUCUUUUAUGUAUAUUUUGAUCUCACCUUUGUCCAUCCCACUUUUAUCAAUCUCCAAUACAUUGACUUUGAUCUCUCCAAUGCAUCAAUUAUCGAUUUAAAAUUAUUAGUCCUUGCGGAAGAAGAAUCAGUUUAGGAUCCAUUUCACUGACAUUGAUUUUUUGUAUGAGCAAGUAAUUUUGUAGUAUAUGUGUAUAUUUUGUUAAUAUCCUAAGAAUCAUGUGAUCAAAGUACCUCAUGUAAAGUGAAAAAUUGUAUUCUUUCAUGGCCAAUUUCAAAACCUGUUAAUGAACCCACGAGACAAGGUACAAAGUUAAGCAUUCUGAUACACGUUACUUAAUCAGAAUUUCGUCAGAAUUUCGAAUUACGAUUCUUGCAUCAAAAAUUACUGCAAUCAACUUGUAAGUAAGAUAUUAACGUUUUUAUUUAACAUUGGUUCUGAGAAAUUUGAAUUGCCCGGUCACAAGAAACACAAUACUUCACGUCAAUCCAGUGGCGUACCACAACGGUUUCGGCAGGCUUCUCAAUCAAGCAAUGCUCAUUCCCUAUCCUGUGUUGUCCAAACUAUAAAAAACUUGCUAUAGCUGAGUCAAAGUGUCAAGAUUGAGGCUGUCAGAUUUUCAAAUUGCAGAGACUGUCAUGGUAAUCUUUAGUGUGCACUUAGACUCACAUAGACCAUUGUGUUCUCAUGAGCGGAAGGUUUGAAUUCACGCGUCAAGAAACAUUAAAUAUCUUAGUUAGGAGUUAAUUCAGUAAUUUUUGUUGAACAAAGCAUGUUCUACCUAAAAUUUUGGUCAAGAAGCAUGUAUCAGAAUGCUUAACUUCAUACCUUGUCUAGUGGUCCAUUCGCAGAAAAAUGGAAAAAAGAUCCAUCUUAGAAUUGUUAUUUGAUCAGCAACAAGUGAUCACAAAGUGAUUAAAGAAAAGGAAAAACGCAACAAAUAACAAUUUGAGGAUCAUGUAGGGUACAGUCGACCCUAUUAAUACGCAUUGUUUCACGGCCAAGUUUAUUAAAUAAAAAUUGUCUACUUUACAAGAAAGAGCAUCUUUUACAGGAUUCAGUUUAAAUGCUAAUUUUUUUAAUAAGUUCAAGAUUGGUUUUUCUUUAUUAUCACUGAUUUAUUUGUGAUAGGAGAGACACUAAGAAGAUAGCCUUGUUUUGUUCUGUCAGAUUUGACUUAAACCAGGAUUCCAUCUCUUAUCAUUUUAAAAGUCAAAAAUUUACUUUUCUCCUCAGCUCUGUGGACACUGGCUUAGACAUUUAGUGUCCUCAAAGCCUUAAAAAUAUAACAUUUUAUUUAAAAAUCAAGAAAUUUGGCUCAAUUUUUUUCUGGAAGUCCGAACUUCUCUCUUUGUAAGUAAUCGUUGAAACUUACCAUUACAAACUACUUAUUUCAGAAGAAUUCAUGGAGCAGAUCAAUGGCCAUAGUAAGAAACCAUGCAUCUCCAUUGCAGUGUUACAAAAUUUCCACUCUUAUCUUAUUUUUUCAACGAGAUGCAAGCCAAAUUUAUAUCUUGAAGUUUAUUAAGAAUAUUUUGCUAACAGAGAAGAAUCAAGGAGGUUUUCAAGAAAAUACGCCAACUAGUUUUCCUAAGAAAAAUUUAAGUAUGACAGGAAGUCUGCAACGUCGCAAAUGGAGAUACAUAGUUUUGCACUGCAGCCUGAUUGUUGAAAUUUAUGUCUGCACGACAAGAAUCGAAAAUCGAUAUAUUACACGGCGCAGAUAGGGCUAUGUCUUGUCUAAUCGUGCCGACAUAGCCAGUUAAAGUUUCAACAAUCCGGCUGCUGGAGUCAUCCAAAUUCUUCUCUUUGCAGCGAUUUGCUGUUAUGUUAUAUUAUUAGUUUGUGGAAGUAUUCAUAGACCGAAUUCAUGCUCAAGAAGGUAGGUAUUUAGAACUGCAUCAUUGUUUUUAUUAUUUUAGUAUCAUACUAAACAAAUUGUAACUGCAGGGUUGCCACAAUCAGGAAACCAGUAAAACCGGGAAAUGUCAGGGAAUUUCAAAUUCAAUGGAAACAAGGAAUUAUCAGGGAAAAAGUGUCGAAUCGCUUUUGUUUGCUCUUUAGAAUGUGUUUCAGUUUUGAACAAUAAAGUUUAGGUGUUUGGGUUUGUAGGUGGCUAAUUUUAACCAUUCAGCAUAUUGUCUAGUGACAGAGGAUUUUGCCAAAAUUAUUCGCGGAAUUUCAUUUUCUAACUCUUGUGGCAACCCUGUAACUGUAAAAACUGAUUAACAAAACUCAAUUUAGUAAUUUUUAAGUUUGAAGUGCCUCAAUUGAUUUACUGAUGAGUUUAAUAAAUUCUGUUACCUGUUAAA